GGGAGUGCGGCCGGAGGGACGAAAUACAUCCCUCGCCAUUUUCCGUCAAGCCCAAGUCAGCCAAUCUCAAUCAAGUUACAUUCUGUCAGAAGUCGUGUUUGUGUCGUGUUGUGAAAAAUUAUUAGUGUUGAUGAAUAUCAAUGGGAAAUCGUGUUAAUUACGACUCCAAACGAUGGGUCGCUUAUUGUGUUUGUGCUUCUGAUAUAUCUUUCGAGCUGUGAUGAUGGCCAAGUGAUUUGGUAGAGUGAAGUGUUUAUGUCGUAUGCUGGGCUCUCACGGUUGCAGUGAGAUCCUUUCUCUGGAUAAAUCGUGUGCAACACGACGUCGGAUCACAGAAAAGGAAGCUGAUACACAAUGUCGGCAAAAAAUAUACCCGGAGAUAAGAUCAACCUACGACUGAUCCUGGUUUCCGGAAAGACGAAAGAGUUCGUCUUCAGUCCCGUCGACUCGGCCGGCGACAUCGCAUUGCACGUCUACGAUAAUUGGCCCGAAGCUGACUGGGCAACGGAAUGCGUGUCUCGCGCCGAGAUCCUGCGACUGAUCUACCAGGGUCGCUUCCUGCACAGCUCGGUGACUCUGGGCGCUCUCGGCCUGCCCCUAGGGCGCACCACGGUCAUGCACCUAGUGCCGCGCGAACACCUCCCGGAGCCUAACUCUCACGAUCAACGACAGAAAAGUAAAGGUGGUUCAAGCAGUUGUUGUUCGGCGUCGUGUUGCAUAUUGUAAUGGACGAUUGUAAAAGCGAAAAGGCAAUACGUGUGCAGCGAUCGGUGCGAGCGAGACGGCGACAGGGCCACACCAAGGACUCAUGUGUUCAGUGAUAUAGACGCCAGCAUCCAAUGACCCCUAAGCCCUCAUUCGCACGGGCGUUUUAAAAACGUCGCGUUAAAACUCGGCGUUGGCGCUUUUAUAACGUUCUCGAUGCGACGUAAUCUGUAACGCCCAACGCUUAGCGCUCAAAAUGCAACACUGCGCGAUAAAAAAGCGUUGCGUGUUAAAAGCGCUAUCGUAGGAACAUAUACUAAGAAAUGCAUCUGUUCUAUUUGAACGCUUUUUUAACGCGCGCUAAAAAAACUCUCGUGCGAAUGAGGCCUUAAUGUAUUAAAUCUGGGCACGAAAUUAAAUCGAUACAUUGAAAAACAAUAUUCGCACAUACGGUGCUAUAAAGUCGUCACUUAUGCAAUUUUUGUUAAUACUGAAAUGAGUAUGAGAAAAUACAUUUUUAAUAGUU